UUCCUGUACGCAAUCUUUGGUUAAUACACGUGAGUGAACAGCGAAAGAUAUAAAUUCUAUUGUGGACGCGUCGAGAUAUCAAGGGCAUUUUGCUAUGUCGUGAUGUUAUGGAAUGACACCGCUGAAAACGUAAGCCGCCCUCAAUUGGAGAAUGAAGCCAACAGCCGGAGAUGUCAAGUCUCACAAUCGAAUAUCACCGCAUAUCCCUUACGAUGCGGCGCGACAUAUUGCAGUACCCGCUGCAGUUUCAUGAAACUGUUCUAGAUCAAUAACUGAGAUCUCAUCCAGCCAAUCUCACGGUGUUCGGUUUAGCAGCUGUGCACAUGCAACGGUCAACCCCGCGUAACCAGGGUCCUUUCGACCUGGAUCUAGACUACAGCCCCAUCGCUGUCAGUAUUCUCACCGAAACACCACACCUGGCAUCUUCAGGCCAUUUCCUCCAGAGGCCGCCAACGGCCAUGCCGGUAGAGGAGUUGACUUUGGAACGUCUCGAAGGCAAACUCUGCCACCCACAACACAUACCACGCAAGUCUCACAACUGCGAGUGGUUGGCUUGCGGUGCAAAAUUUAGAUUGUGCAGCAUCGUGAGGAAUCUCCGAUCGACGCUAACGACAGUAGUACGGCAAGUGUGGCCGAUUCGCGUGCGUAACGGUCCAACCGCGAGGUUUCCUAAGCGGUCUUGGACAAUUGGAUCACCGAUGAGCUUGAGGGAGGAUGGUUUGGGUGCAUCGACCACAAUGGCUGGCAUUGUUGGCAGAGGAACACAGCGAUGGAAGCGACGAGGGGACCAAAAUAGUGACACCCGCCAUGAUUUUGUCCUGGGAAACAGUAACACGGCAUUGGUGUGCCUAGCAAUACCCAGAGGCAAAACAGCAAUAGACUGGCAUCUGGAGCUACGGGACUGGAAAGCCAAGAUCCAGCAUAGGGAGUUGACAAACCACGGAUAAUUUCGGCACUAUCUGGUAGACAUCGUUCAGGCACAUUUCCACAAGUGGAUUGACAGCUGAUAGCGCAAAGCAGACUAAUUGUGUCUGAUGUCACCACCCCUGAGAAAUUUUACUUUGGAACUAUGGGGAGCCCAAAUAGUGUCGGCAAUUCCUUUGAACUUCCUUCUCUGCCUCCCCCAUCCAAC